GUCAUCUCAGGGAAAAUUUUGAUAUCUUUAGGAGCAAUUGAUACUGGGACAUCACUCCACUUAGAAGAACUCAAGGGAGUUAAAGAAGCUUUGGUAUCAAAAGAAAACAUUGCAGAUGACACACUUGGAGAUGAAGAGUGGAGCGCCAUCUCAGCUUCA